AAAGUUAAGAUUACAACUUCUUAAAUGAUUCUGUAUUAAUAUAUAGGAGAUAUUAUUUAUAUAUAUAAUGGUCUAGAAAUUAUAAAAGCUGACGCGUGGAUACUGCAUCUUGGGUAAAUUACAAAUGUUGUUGAAAAUAAGAUUUUAAGACUUUAAUUGCAAUAUUAAAAGAAUACAGAUUUUUUUCUAUUUGUUUGGUUAACAUAAAAUACAUUUCCUAAACAUUUAAUGACCUUUAAGGAUACAAAUCUUAUAAAUAGAGAUCUUACUAUCAUUUCACCAUAUUAAAUAUCCUAAAUCCUAAUUGCUAACGUUCAUCAAUAAUCUACACAAAGAACUAAAGAUGUCGACGUCCAGACAUAUUGUGUUGAAAAGCUCCGAUGGUGAGACCUUUGAGGUUGAAGAAGCAGUGGCUCUCCAGUCCCAAACCAUAGCUCACAUGGUUGAAGAUGACUGCAUCGAUGGCGGAAUCCCUCUCGCCAAUAUCACCGGCGUGAUCCUCGCCAAAGUAAUCGAGUACUGCAAGAAACACGUCACUGUUGUCCCUGAUGGUGAUGGUAAUUCGUCUUCAUCUUUGGAAGAGGAGCUGAAAAAUUGGGACGCUGAGUUUUUGAGUAAUAUCGAUCAGUCGACACUCUUUCACCUGAUUAUGGCUGCUAAUUUUUUAAACAUCAAAGAUCUUCUUGAUCUCACUUGCCAAGCAGUCGCUGAUAUGAUUAAAGGUAAAUCUCCAGAAGAGAUUCGAGCUCAACUCAACAUCGAGAAUGACUUUACACCCGAAGAAGAAGCGCAGAUUCGCGCUGAAAACCAAUGGGCUUUUGAGUGAUCACUUUGUAUGACUUUGUUCAUGAUUUUAUGUUUGUCCUAGCGCAGUCAUGCUUCUUUGCUAUUUAAUAAAUUGCGAGAAAACAAUGUUUUAAUAUUCAUGUCUAUUAACUUAAAAGUUCUACAUU